UAGGCGCUCGCGCACCGGCCUGCGGUUCGUCUGCACCGCCCGGGAGGCCGCGACUUCCGGGCUGCUCCUGGGCCGCAGGGGGCGCCGCAGUCGCGCAGAGCGGACCGGCGUUCGGCGGCAGUGGCGGCCGCAGCGCAGCAGCCGGCCUCUCCCACCGCAGCCCGCCGCCGCCCAGCGCGAUGGCGGGGAGCAGCUCGCUGGAGGCGGUGCGGAGGAAGAUCCGGAGCCUGCAGGAGCAGGCGGACGCCGCGGAGGAGCGCGCGGGCAGCCUGCAGCGCGAGCUGGACCAGGAGAGGAAGCUGAGGGAGACCGCGGAAGCCGAUGUAGCUUCUCUGAACAGACGUAUCCAGCUGGUUGAGGAAGAGUUGGAUCGGGCCCAGGAGCGUCUGGCAACAGCUUUGCAGAAACUUGAGGAGGCCGAGAAGGCAGCAGAUGAGAGUGAGAGAGGAAUGAAGGUCAUUGAAAGUCGAGCCCAGAAGGAUGAAGAAAAAAUGGAAAUUCAGGAGAUCCAACUGAAAGAGGCCAAGCACAUUGCUGAAGAUGCCGACCGCAAGUAUGAAGAGGUGGCCCGCAAGCUGGUCAUCAUUGAGAGUGACCUGGAACGUGCAGAGGAGCGGGCUGAGCUCUCAGAAAGCCAAGUUCGACAGCUGGAAGAACAAUUAAGAAUAAUGGAUCAGACCUUGAAAGCAUUAAUGGCUGCAGAGGAUAAGUACUCUCAGAAGGAGGACAAAUAUGAAGAAGAGAUCAAGGUCCUUUCUGACAAGCUGAAGGAGGCUGAGACUCGGGCUGAGUUUGCGGAGAGGUCAGUAACUAAAUUGGAGAAAAGCAUUGAUGACUUAGAAGAUCAACUCUACCAGCAACUUGAGCAAAACCGCCGCCUAACUAAUGAACUAAAGCUGGCCCUGAAUGAGGAUUAAACUUAAGUGUGAAAAGACUUGGGCUGAAUUCUAGGAAUGGAGCCCGUGUGCUGGAAGGCUAAGACUGUGCUCCCUCCAGCUAGGGUUGUAACAGUCACUUUCUGCAGAAAUGCAAGUGAAAGGAAUUGCUGGAAAGGCUGGCUUUGCCUGUAUUUUUCUCUGUAUAGCUGGAAUAAUUAAAUUCUCUUUAAUCCCAAAACAGCAUUUAUGGUAAAAUAUUGAUAUCACUUUAGCGUUCCUCUUUGCAAUAUUUUGUCCUCUUGAUUGAACUGUUAUGUAUUAAGAACCAAAAGAAAGAAAAGGUUUUCAAUUUCCCGCAGACAACUGUGAGUCCUUUAAUUACAUAUUCACAUUCCUAACUUCUUAAUAUCUGGUAUAGUGUUUGAAAUAUGAUUAAAUGUACCUAUGCUUGGGCAAAAUAGCUUUUGAAAACAGGAGCUCAUGUCAGAAGUCCCUGGUUGUCUGAAAGGUAUGCUUUAUUUGGUUUAAUGGUAUUGGAGUCUGGGGAGAAUGUCGUGCUAAUAAUAAAUAGAACGCUGUUAAAACACUAAGAGAAUAUCCCAAUGAAGUGUGCAUGAAAUACAUGGAUAAUUUUUUUUAUGAGCAGUAGAAAUAAAUCAUUUUAAACAUUGUCAGAAAACCUGUUUUAUGGCAUCUGUUUUCUGUGAGAUUGUGUUGCAGCACAAUUCCCAGACCUUUAACUGCUUGUAGCUCAGAAAUGUCUGCUGUCAUUAACUUCUCCAGUUUGUAUAACAGUGCUGCAAGCUGUACUUGGUUUUUACCUCUCCCUUUUCCCACGGCAUACGAUCAGUGAGCCUUCACCAAACCCACCUGCGUUUUAUUCUCAGAGUAGAUUGUUGGUGAAGGGGCACGUGACCACGCUGAGCCUCUGCCGGGGGUUCCUUCGGGUAGAGACCUCUUCCCUCUUCCUAGGUCCUUAUCUGGAAAUGAGUGAUGUCUUAUAAGCAUGCCUAGUGCUAAUCAUCUCAUCCUGUGUUUGUGAUUGAUGUUUGCCUGCCUAAAUGUACAAACCAUCCUUGUGUCCAAAGAGCAGCUAUUCAUGACUUAAUUUUCUAAUCCCACCACAGAGAAAGUGGCUCAUGCCAAAGAAGAAAACCUUAGUAUGCAUCAGAUGCUGGAUCAGACUUUACUGGAGUUAAACAACAUGUGAAAACCUCCUUAGCUG